UGAUCUCAGUUUCGUUUCGUUCGUUUCUUGUCGUCCCUCAACUCAACUAGCAUUUGAAUCAGUUUGUUUGGUUUCUUGGAUUUUUGAUGGAACGAUUGUGAAUUAACCUGUGAUAUCACUUAUUUUCAUAUUAUCAUUUUAAAACGUAUGUACUCUAAGUAAUCAUGUCGGAGUACUUUGAUCAUUAUCAUAGAUGGGAGCCACUAGCAGAGUUUCACUUCUCUAUUUCUGAUGAUGACGAUUGCGAAGACUACAUUUACUGCUUAUGCAGCCGUGUGUUUCUACGAGAUGGUUUGAAAACUAACUGUGCCGAGAAGGAGGAUGGUAGUGAAAGUGAUGCUGAAAUGGUCAAAGACUCGCAAUCUCAAGAUUGGGAGGACCAGUCGCAUGUUCAUUUUUCAUUGGACACUUCUUACAAAGUCAGAUGUGAAAAGGAUGAAGGAGCCAGUUGCUACUGCAGUGCAUCACACACAGACAACUACUGCUCCACUGAUGAGCAUGAUCCCGCACAAAUUCAGGGCACAGCCUCACAUGCUUUACAGCCAAGUGACAGCGGUGCCGAUCUCACAUAUCAGGAAGGCCACUCUGACUAUACCACCCUCGAUCAAGAAAAAAUGGACCAAGAUUUCCCAACUCAAAUUGCAGAAAGCAAUGAAAAUUAUCUGUCUGAAGACUGCUGGGAACAAUUCUGGGCUAUCAAUGGUGAACGCAUCAUCUGGGCAUCUUGGAUCAAGAAAUACAGUGACUACAUCAACCCAGCAUUUUUGAAUGACAAUAAUGAACUGAUGCUUGAUGAAAAUAACCUCCCUAAACAACAUUCAGCUGAUCAGAUAUUUAUUAAAGAUAAAGUUGAACUGAAUAGUGAAGAUGACAGUAUGAGAGAGAGGAAAUUUUCGUAUGAUUCAAAAGUUAAUCCAUAUAAGAAAAGUCAUGCUGAAACCAUUGAUAAAUCUGGUAUUAAUAAUGACAAAGAUGAUGCUUGGCAGCCUUUGGCAAGAAAGCGGUCUUGUUCUGAACAUGACAGAAUUCUGAGUCCAAGAACUGUGACCACUGGUACAGACUCCAUGACUAAUGUUACAAAAAUAACUCUCUCUAGUUAUGACGUUACAUCUAGUCAUGUAACUUCAGAGUCAUCACCAACUGAGGAUUAUAGUGUAUCAUCGUCAACUUCAGAUGAUCAAUCUAAUGAUCAAACUCGAAUAGCUAAUUUUAAUGAUAGUGUAGAUCAUACCAACUCGGAAGAACUUGAUACAGAAGAGUACUGGCAAUUCCUAUGGAAAAAGCAUUUUGGAGAACAAUAUGCUUUACAUUACGCCAACUACAUUGAUGCUUACAAUAAUGAGAAUACUGAUAUACCAGCAAUCAAUGUUGAAAUGGUUCCAGAAGUUACUAAAGUAGUUGAAGAGAAAGUUGUUGAUAUAGAAUGUGAGAACAGUGAAGGGAAUUCUCAAGAAAUGCCAACUGUAAUUGAGGUUAAGGAGGUUGAAAUAAAAGUAGAUAAGAUUAAAUUAGAUGAUAGUAUUAAGCCAAAAAGGAGGAACAAAAAAGUUAGUAAUCGUUAUGUGAGGUCUGUAGGGGUUUUGUUACAGAAUUUGCUUCAAGAGGAGCAAAAAAAAAGUGAAACAGAAGAGGUUUUUGAUGCCGGAGAUGUUGUGGAAAGUAAGGAACAAAAAAUAGAACAAACUGAUGCUGUGAAUGUGAUUGUGUCUCAAAAUGAACAGCCUGUAUUUAAUCGUUUCACUCCAUGUAGCUAUGAUGAUGGAGAUGACGACCCACCAGAAGAAAAGUCAGUGUCAUUGAAGAGAAGUCACGAAAUAGACGAAGACGAAAUAGGAGCUGAGAAAAUACAAUCAACAUUCCAGAUAAUGGGCUUCUGUGUGAAGCCUGAAAAUAUGCCCAAAGGACAGUUAGUGUAUAGAAGGCGGUUGAGGAAGCUGAGACCGCCGCGGUCAAGAAAGUUUGGAGUAGCGAGAAAGACAUAUUUUGAUGACGAUGGAAACCCUUAUGAGCCACAAGAGUCCAAUGAAGAAGGAGAAAUGCAGACCAAUGAAGAUACAGACAUGGCUAAAACUCAAAACGAACAAUUGAAUACCAGCUUUGAUGUUUUAAACAAAAGUGAUGAUACAAUCGAGGAAAGUGUAGCAGUGGAAGCAGCUAGUGUUGAAUUACCACCUGACGUGGAUACAUUGAGCGAUGGACCAGAUGAAUUGAGUAGUGAGAAUCCUAUUGCGGAAUGUGCAGUUCCAAUACCAGUGGAGUCGACAAAACGUAGAAGACGCAACAAGAGACACUCGCGAGUCGAUGAAGACUACUCAGAAAUUCCGGACGAACUGAGAGAUGAUCCCAAAAUGUAUAAAUAUUGGAAGAAGAGGCAUUCAUUAUUUUAUAGGUUCGACGAAGGAAUAAAACUUGACCGCGAGAGUUGGUUCAGCGUGACUCCGGAAAACGUCGCCGCUCAUAUCGCGGACAAGUGCGCGUACGACGUUGUCCUUGACGCCUUCUGCGGCGCCGGCGGGAACACUAUACAGUUUGCUGCCACUUGCAAGAAAGUGAUAGCAAUCGACAUAGACCCCGCUAAAAUAGAGAUGGCGCGUCACAACGCGUCUGUAUACGGCGUCUCAGACAACAUAGAGUUCAUAGUUGGAGACUUCUUCCAGUUGGCACCAACUUUGGAAGCUGAUAUGGUGUUCUUAAGUCCACCAUGGGGCGGUCCCAAGUAUUCAGAAAACUAUGAGUACGACAUUGAAACUAUGUUGGAGCCGAAACCAGCAUCAAAACUGAUGGAGGCCGCUAGGAGUAUUUCGUCUAACAUAGCUCUUUAUCUGCCCAGGAAUACGAGGACUGAUCAGUUACUAUCGAUAGCAAAAGAAAUUGGAGGUUCGUUGGAGAUUGAACAGAGUUACUUAGACAGAAGAUUUGUUGCGAUCACAGCAUACUUUUAUCAAUAGUUUUCUGUGCGUUUAAUCUACAAAAAAUAUAUAAACUUUUAUUUAAAAAUGGAUUUCGCUGCUGACACUCACUGUAAAGGCGUGUACACACUGGGCCAUCGAAUGAGUUUCAGCAUAGCCUCUUUUGGUCAUAUUUGGACGGACUUUGGUGAACGCCAAGGCCUACAUUCAAGAGCCAACAAUGCGAGCGUGUAUUAACUCCAAUGUGUACGCGGUUUUAGAACUUCGGUGAGAGCAGUUUAUGUUUGCACUAUUAGGAGCAAAAAACCUUAAAAAAUAUUUAACAGAAGUCCUGUCCGAUUCAGAAAUAUUAGGUCGUCAUAUUGGGAAGCUUUUGUAGGUUGUAUUUAUGGUUUCUCGUCAAAUCAUAAUCUAAAAAUUCCUCUGUUAAAAAAAUAUAUAAUUAGAUUUUAGACUGACUGACGGUAACACUUACGUGCCAAUUUCCUUUGUCGCUCGAUCUCGUUAUGGGAACACAUGCCUUCGCCGACACAGUGUUGUCUCUUUAUACAUUGGCACAAUUUUGAGUAAUGAUUGUAAAAUUUUGAUAUUUUCAGAUAUAUUUAGGUAUAUUUUAUCCUUUUUUUAACUUAACGUUUAAGAUGUGGCCAAUCACCGUGCUUGUCACAGUGUUAUACUUGUCACUUUCCAUUUCGGGUCGGACCGGAUUUUUGUUAUAUAUUGUAAAGUCGGGUUGGAAUAUAAUGUUAUAAGCUCGUGUUCAUUUUAAAACUUGCGCUCAUAAAUGUUCUCGUUUUAAAUACUUGUACCUACUAUUUACGUACCUAUCCAUGCAAUAAUUAAAUACGAAGUUAUGUAUGCUUCGAAUUUAUAUUUUAAUUAGUGGAUCUAACAUACAGUGUAUGUUAACUAUAUUUUGUGAUUUCACACUUUAUCAAUGUACAGAACUGCGUAUAUUUUAAGAACAGCUCAAUAUAUAUUAUUUAAGAUUAACUUCAUUGUAGCAAUAAAUAUAAUUUGAAGUC